CCUGCGCGCCGGGUCCCCGCCUCCGCGCCCUCCCCUUAUAGCCGGGCUGCCCCGGGGCUCCCCAGCCAGCGCCGCCGCCGCCGCCCGCCCCGGAGCCGCAGCAGAGCUAGAAGGAAAAUGAUGAAAAUGUUACCUUUUUUCCAAAGUGGUCCUAUUGGAAUACGCAAUGGAUCAGAGAGUUGCAUUGGUGUAAACAGGCAGCUUGAAAACCGUUCAACAUCAGUGCCUGAGCAAGUUCCUGCCUGUCCUGAACCUUCUGGAGAUGAGAUCUGGUCCAGGGACCAGGAAAAGAUGAGUGAAAGGCCAGAGGCAGCCUGUAGACCCUCACGUGCAUCUUCCAUCACGAGCAAUGGGAGCUGCACCUCUGCUGGGGACAGCCCUGAAAAGGGGAAGAAAGGAAUAAAGGGAAUCCUUACAAGUGCACUGAAGAAAAUUAAAAAGAUCAAGCCACCAAGUGUCAAACAAGUCAUGGAACUCCUUGAAGAGCAAAAGCUUUGUGAUGCCACUCAGCAGCUGAUUGUCCUGGAGAAGAGCCUGUCUAGCAAAUGUGAGGAGGGAAUGAACACCAGCCACCAAGACAUCGAGUCUGUUUAUGAAGUUCUGAAGCACAAAGUCUUCACCAUCUUGAAAGACUCCAUGCUGCUAGCAAAAACAAACCCAGAACUGCUCCAGCAGGCAGUGGAGGCACUGAAAGAGCAGGAGAAAGAAGAUCAGAACUACACAUCAGAGAAUCCACCUGACCAAAACAUACACUUUAGACCUAGAAAAUGGAAAGAGCUUUGGAUGGCUACAGUAAAGGAGUCAGUAGAGACUCGAAUGAAAGACACAAGCCAUACUGCUAGAACUGAGAACCUCUCUACAGUUGGCCAGAACCUUCUGCACAUGGGAAAGACAAUGAAAGAAGAUUUGACAGUAGUUGUAAAGUACAUUAAACAGCUUUAUCCUCCUGAGUUUAACGUGUUCAGCACAUAUGCCGAACUCUACCACAAUUAUUUUGCCUCCCAGGCAAAGAAAAACGCUGAGUCUCAUCUGGAAGACAAAGAUAUUUACCUUCUCCUCUCAUGGGUGCACAACAUUUAUCCAAAAGAUAUGAGAAAAGAUCAUGUUUUAGCUGAGGAGUUGGAAAAAGUUAAGCUUGGAAGCCUUUUGCCAUCAAGUCUGAGCAAUGACCUUGAAAACAAAUACCUCGACAGUGAAGAGGCUACUAUCAAAAAUUCACUGAGCAAAUGUUUAGAUAAAGAAAUCCAAAGAUGGAAAGAAGACAAAGAACCAGAGAAACUAAAUGGGCAUUUUCAGAGCGAACUACUAGCAAUAUUUGUUAUCCAGAGUAUCUACAGUGGCCAGAAGCGAGCCAAGGACAUCAGCGCAGCAGUGGGCGAGGAGCUGUCACAUCGCCUGUGGAAGGAGCUGCCCGCCUUCCUGAAAAGCUACAGGGAUGCUUUUGAAGAUUUUAAAGAGAAAGGCAAGAAGCACAGAUACUACAAGCCUAUAAUUAUUGCAAAUAUUAACAACUGCUGGAAUUUUAGAGACUACACAGAGAAAAACAUGGCAGAAAAGGAUGACAAUAAAGCUGGUAUUCUCAGCACUCUCGGAGACAUUGAAAACAGCGGCUUUGACGUGCUGCUUCAACAGCUCUUUGCCCAGCUGAAGCCAAUUUAUAAGAAAUUUACAGAAAAUAAGUGGGACUCCAGCAAUGAAAUUAUGAAUGAGAUCAUUAAAACCACCAGCAAACAUAUUUCAGACUUCCAGACCCUCAAGGACCCUUUCUACCAUGCUAUUGUAGAGAAGAUCCACACCCGUUUGGUUAAAGACUACAUCGUGAGACUGCUGAAGAGGAAAGUCAGCCUGAAAACCCCAGCACAACAGCAAAACCUGGCCCAACACAUCUCCAAGAACGCUGCCGACCUUGAAGCCUUCUGCACCAGUAAUGGGUCUCAAGCCACAUGGCUGAAUUCGGCACUCCCCAAACUGGCUGAAAUAAUCCGACUUCAGGAUUUAGGUGCUAUUAAAAUUGAAGUUGCAACACUCGCCACGACAUACCCAGAUAUCCGCAAAAGGCACCUGGAAGCAUUCCUCUACAUCAAAGCCAAUUUGUCACGUGGCGAACUCAAGAGCAUCCUGGGCUACUUGGCAGACAGCACAGCAUCCACGCCACCUGGGGCCUCACUCUUCUCCAACAUAAAUGUGUCCUAGGCCAAGGCACGCCUUAGUAACCCCUUGUGCUGGACUGUCGGCUAAGCCGGGGAUGAAGAACAUCCCCUAGAGUGAUGCACAGCACACACUGUCGCCUUUUCCUACGGAAAGUACUCUGUCCUAAGCUGGUGCUCAGCAUCUCUGUGGGAACCACUGUCCUCCAUGCAGAGGAGGGUGUGCCCACAGGAGAAGCAGUGCCCAUGAGGACCAGGGCUGCUCUUCACACCAGUCAUGGACAACCCCAAGGUCUCCUUGGUGCCACCAUGUUCUCGGCCUGGACACUCUGACCUCUGUCUACCUCACAGGGUGCUGUGAAGGCCACGUCUGACUCCCCAGCUGGCCCAGACAGAGCAGGCAUCUCCUAUGUAGCUUUUCAUCUUCUAAGGAAACAAAGGGAAACAAAAACUGAAGCCAAAAUUUUGAGCUGUUGGAAAAGUCCUAUGUGAGUAUGCUUGCACUCCACCUGCCUUUCUCUGAGCUGGGCAAGGGUGGCUGCGUUAGGCUGAUGGGAGAGGCUCCAGGUUUCAGGUCAGGAGGAGCUUUUGCUCAGCCAUGGCAGGACUCCUGCUGUCCUGCUGCGCUGCAGCACCCCCAGACCGGGGGCUUGGAGUGGCCCCAGCUGCACGUCCUGCCCCAUGCAGCAGCCCUGCCAUGGGGCAUCGGCACUUCCGAACGGGCCCAGAGAGCCCUGGCUGGCCUUGCAGCAGCAGUCCAGCUGGGGCAGCAGAUGCUGCCUUCACCUCCAUGAGGUGGGAGAGUCCAAACCCCCCAGCAGCCACCAGCCCCUCUACAGUGACCCCAUCCGGUGGCACCCUGCUAACAAAGGGUUAGGAACAAGCUACCUAUUGCAAUGGAUUAUGUGGGCUAAGCCCCAGCAUCCAGCAAAGCACUUGGAUAUUACUUAAGUCCUCCUUAUCAAGGAAAGAACUUUUCCAGACCCUGUUGACAUCAUAGGCUUUGAAUGGGUGGUGGAACUCUUCUCAAAUGCCAUUAAAACUUACUGAGCAUCACCAUUUCCUUGCUUGCUCUUUCCCCUCUUGCUGUGAGGUAGAUAUGAUGUGAAAAUAGAAAUAGGUCUGUUGUGAAACUAUGUUUUGUAUUUACAGCCCAGUUUUUUGGGAAGUGAAUCACGUAACAAAACAAUAAUGUGUUUGGCUAAAGACCUUUCCCUUCUCUUAAUCUGUUUCAAUUUUUCUAUCAGUCUAUAGAAAGUUGGUCCGGAAGGAAGAUGCAUAAUGACUGUGCAAACCAUGUACUAUAUUUAUAUGCAUAUGCAGUAUACCAUUGGUGUAUUUUUGCAUCCAAUUUUAUUUUUUCUCAGAGAUAUUCAUUUGCAAUGUUUAUAUUUAAACAGUAUUCAAAUAUGCUAGAAAAGUGACUCAUUUAUUCUGUUUCUGGCUGUUGUUUACUGCGUUGCCACAUGUAGUCCUAUGUACUCCUUCAAAGGGUCAGUUCUUCCACUAGUCCCAGCCUGCCCUGGUGAAUGUCACCCACUGGUUCCAGGUGGGGAGAGUCUUGCUGGGCUACAGACAAGCCGAAAAAGCAGAGGCACGCUCUGUUUGUGCUGUGUAUGUGUCUCAUAGCAUGUCUUUCCUUGCUCUCUAGAGCAAAGACUGCCAUGUGCACUGUGUUUAAGGUAUCUGGUGUAACAAGGUCCAAAACGUCAGCACUACUGCAGUCUCAAUGUUUAAUAAUAAAAAGAUAUAUAUUCAACAUACAUCUCAUCCUUACUGCUCUGGCAUCCCCCUUCCUCCAUCUCUGUUGCCUCCUCCUGUCCAUAUGAGUCCUUAGCAGAUGCAGCUCACAAGAAUUUGGACCCAGCUGGCCCUCCUGUCCCAUUUUUACCCUCCUAGCAGCUGCUAUUAAAACAGCGGCUUUGCUGCUGUCUGCGUUCAGACAGCUGUUGAAGUCCUCUGCCAACAGGUUAUGUGACAGAACUGUACAGUGGGUGUAAAACAGUGCUUUGGUGUCAGUCUGCUGCCUGGCCAUGGGCAGUGCAAACCCUCCUCCUAUAAGCACACUCACGCUCCCACAAAACUUCAUACAUACUGAUAAUUUAAAAAAUUGUUACACAUUAUUUAAACUCUUACUCCACUUACAAUUUAAAGCCAAAUGCUGAAAUGACUUCUGACAGUGCUGAGCACUCAUGACAACUGCCACCUAUUGUGCAACAUUUUCUUUCCCAAUUAGUGAAAGGUCAUGUUAUUGCUAUAAAUAAUUGUAUUUUGAUUUAGAGAUCUGUUAAGAGACUACAGAAAUGCAUCAUACAAGUGAUUAUGCUGGUCUUUAAAAUAAAAAAUAAUAUUCCAGCCAAGUAAGUUCUUGAAGGAAAAUAGUGAAUCUAUUUAUAUAGUAUAAUUAGGAUGGGUAGGAGAAAAUGGUUUUCAUACACAUUUCAUAAGCCAUAUGGAACUGCAUUGUGCAAUUCUCUUCAUCCUGCUAUAAAACCUCAGCUUUCAGCUCUAAUGAGCCCAGGAAACUACUUUAUUUAUCUUCUUGUAUGACUCGACAUUUACAAUGGCAUUUAUUUAUAUGUGGCAUAUUACACAUAGCCAGGUAAUUUCAGGAGGUUGCGUGAAUGUCUUCUGAUAACAGUGUUAGAUUAAUACUGAUAAAUAUCACUCCUAUAAAGUAACUAAAUAAAAU